AUGGGUCAGGCUGUAGCUUAUGAGUAUAGAGGAUGGCACGUGACGGACCAAGUGCCGGUUAAUCCGAAAGACCCAUCGGAAGCACACCGUAUAGCCCACAAGUACGCUCGCAAGGACAACAAACAUGCGCGGUUUUACAACAAGAACUUGCGCCUAGUCAGCGCUGCGCAAUGUGUCCGAGCCGCGAUGGAUGAUGGUUCGAAUACUGUGCUUAUGAGCCUACGACAGGAUCUUGUAGUGACACGGGCCAAAGUGGCCGCGGUGGCCGAGAUGGUGAAAGCGGACGCCCAGAGAAGAGCAACAACAGCUGCUGCUGCUGCUGCUGCUGCUGAUGAUGAUGGAAUAUCGUAG